UACUCUCCCUUUGCCCGCUGCGCGGACCAUCGCUGUCUGUCUGUCAUAUCUAUCUUCUCUCUGGGAAUUACUGUGUCGGAUUCCAUUGAAGAGCCGUCCGUCAUGGCGAGCCUGUGGCAAGCAGUGAUGGGCUCCGGCCAGUCGUCGGCGUCGACCGUUGACUACGACGGCGUGCAGUUCUGGUCGAGUCCUGAGCGGACCGGAUGGCUAACGAAGCAGGGCGAGUACAUCAAGACGUGGAGGCGCCGCUGGUUCGUGUUGAAGCAGGGGAAGCUGUUCUGGUUCAAGGAGUCUAACGUCACGCGCGGAUCGCGGCCUCGCGGCGUGAUCCCCGUCGCCACUUGCCUCACAGUGAAAGGCGCGGAGGACGUGCUGAACAAGCAGUUCGCGUUCGAGCUCUCCACGCGCGCCGACACCAUGUACUUCAUCGCCGAUUCCGAGAAGGAGAAGGAGGACUGGAUCAAUUCCAUCGGACGAUCCAUAGUUCAGCACUCCAGGUCAGUUACGGAUAACGAGAUCCUCGAUUACGAUAGUCGCAAAUAAAUUCGAUUCCGAUUUUUUUUAUUUUUGUUUUUAGAAAUCAUGUUUACGUAAUCGCCGUUCUUCCUUCAUCUUUGUUUGUUUGGAGAUUGGAAUUGAUUCUCUUCUUUUGCUUCUAUGUGUAUUAAUGAUGCUGUUUCUUUGCUAUGGAAGUUGUAAGUAUCGGAUUGGAACAUGAAGUACUAUUUGUGGUGAAUGAAGUAUACUUUACUGUUUGUCUCUGUUCAA